UCUGGGCGCCGGGCUGGACGGCUCCCGCGGCCAGCUGGCCGCCGUGCGCUCGGCCGCCGCGGAGAUGCUGCAGGAGGUCCGCCCCCUCGCCCGGCGGGCCUCGCUGGCCGCGGCCUCCCGCGCCUCGGCCCGGCGCGCGCUGCGGGACUUCGCGGGCGCUGCGGAGGCGGUCUUCAACGGAAGCUCGGGCGUCGCCCAGCUCUCGGAGAUCUUGGAGACGGUCACGGCGCUGCACGCCACGCUUCGGGCCGGCGCGCAGCUGUCGCCGCGGGGCGCGGCGGGGGCCGUGCUCGGGGACGGUGCGCGGCGCGCGCGGCAGCUGCUCGGGGACUUCUCGCAGAUUCUCGGGAGGUACAAGAAGCACAGCGGGGUGUCGAAGCGGCUGGUGCGCGAGUGGUCCGCGGCCAGGCCUUCCACGGCGGCGCCGGCCCUCGCCGAGGUGGACAGGGCAUGGUGGCGGCUGCGCGACGUGCUGGACGAGUACAUCGUGCGCGCGGAGAGGCAUUUGGAUGCAUUCAACGACGCGUUCGACGCCCUGACCGAUUACCAGGACUGCUCCUCCAGCCUCUCGGAGCUGCUCCCGCACUACUACAGGGCGAUGGCGGAGCGCGAGCGCUCACAUGAGCAGCUGCGGGACGCCUGGCGCAGGAGCAGCGACCUGAUGGCGCAGAUUGCUUCGACCAUCGCGGACGCGGAUGUCUUCGCCAGCUUCAUGUUGAAGGAAGGUUGUGAUUCAUUGACGGCGCGCCGAACGUUGGACCAGGCGCAGCUCGCCUCGGGCGCCAUGCGCCUGCUGCUGCACCGCCACCGCGCCGACGGGCUGCCGGAGCCGCGGCGGGACGCCUGGGAGGAGGCCGUGAGGUCGAUCUCGGCCAGCUUCGAGGACCGGGACGCCCGGCGCGUUUGCCAGACGUCGGGCCGCAGAUGAGGACAGCACGUGUGAUGCAAGGAGCUGUAAGUCUAGAUCUGUGGAGCUGCAGGUUUGCGGCGCUCCGCUCGAAUUCGCUCCCGAGGGGGCCUCGGCCUGCCAGGUUGCCAGUGGAUGUUUGACCCAGCAGGCACCCGAGGCGGGGCCACCCUGGGCUCAGGGGGCAGCGCCAGGGGGGGCAUGGGUCGAUGGCUCCCCCCCUUCGCUGGCCCCCCCCCUGGCGUUGCCCCUGGCAGUCGCGGCCACCCGUGACGCGUGGACAGGAGCCGGGCGCGCUGUGCAUGGUCGCGUGCUGCUCAGAA